AUGUGCUUUGGAAGUCGGGACAAGGGCGAUCGCGGUCUCGCGCGAUCUCGUGAUAUCGACAAGCAGCUUCGCCAGGAUGAGAAGAGGCUGUCCAAGGAGGUCAAGCUCCUCUUGCUAGGUGCUGGAGAAUCUGGAAAGUCAACUGUACUCAAACAGAUGAAGCUUAUCUACUCUCAAGGCUUCAGCAAAAAUGAGAAGCUGGAAUGGAAGCCCGUCAUCUUUAGCAACAUUGUUCAGUCUUUCAAAGUUAUUGCCGAGGCAAUGAAUGAGCACGAUCUUCAAUUCGACAACCCCGACAACGAGGCAAGUCAAGUUCUUCCUCCCAGCUAUGACUGCCUAAGCUACGGUUCCGACGAGAAUUUUGAGUGA